GGACCCUGAAACUGCCAACGCCCACCUACGGUGACCUGAACCACCUGGUGUCUGCCACCAUGAGCGGGGUCACCACGUGCCUGCGCUUCCCAGGCCAGCUGAAUGCUGACCUGCGGAAGCUGGCCGUGAACAUGGUCCCGUUUCCCCGGCUGCAUUUCUUCAUGCCCGGCUUUGCCCCACUGACCAGCCGGGGCAGCCAGCAGUACCGGGCCCUGACGGUGGCUGAGCUUACGCAGCAGAUGUUUGACGCUAGGAAUAUGAUGGCAGCUUGUGACCCCUGUCAUGGCCGCUACCUAACGGCAGCUGCCAUUUUCAGGGGUCGCAUGCCCAUGAGGGAGCUGGAUGAACAAAUGUUCAACAUUCAAAAUAAGAACAGCAGCUACUUCGCUGACUGGCUCCCCCACAACGUCAAAACAGCCGUCUGUGACAUCCCGCCCCGGGGGCUAAAAAUGUCAGCCACCUUCAUUGGGAACAACACGGCCAUCCAGGAACUCUUCAAGCGUGUCUCAGAGCAGUUUACAGCAAUGUUCCGGCGCAAGGCCUUCCUCCAUUGGUAUACCGGCGAGGGGAUGGAUGAGAUGGAAUUUACUGAGGCGGAGAGCAACAUGAACGACCUGGUUUCUGAGUAUCAACAGUAUCAGGAUGCCACAGCCGAGGAGGAGGAGUUUGAGGAAUAUGCUGAGGAGGAGGAGGAGAGGCCUAGAACCUUCGUUUUCUAGGUAAAGGGGGGAAGCAGUGUGGAUUCUUCACUGUGUUCUGACUGCCACGUGUCACUACGCACUUGUUCGUGUCUUCACCUCUCCUCCUGCUGCAUUUUAAAGCAUUUUUAUAGUAUACGAUUUUGCUGAAUAAAGUAUUCUCAUAG